UGCAUCCGUUUUCUCACAUCACCCUUCCUCGUUCGUAUCGUUACGCUCUGUAAUCCCAUUCUUUGCCUUACAUUCUCUGUCUCGAAAUCCUUGUCUCCCUCCAUGGCUUCCUGUAGCCUAGGAGUACCGAAGAUUAAAAUCUCAGCGGUAGAUCUAAGUAGAGUAAGAUCUGGAAGCUUGCAGAUUCCAUACAGUCAAAGUUUGUUGUUUGCUCAAAGGCCGGUUAAGUGUUUGACUUUGAGGACAAGUGUUGUUGGAUCUUUUAAAGCUCUCCAAGUGUCUACUGUCACAGCUGUGGAAACAGCAGCUAGUGUAGAAGUAGAAGAUGCUGAAAAGACCAAAUCGUCUCCGUUGAACGCUCAGCUCGUUCCCAAGCCCUCUGAGGUGGAAGCUCUUGUCACUGAGAUAUGUGAUUCCUCAUCAAUUGCAGAGUUUGAACUGAAACUGGGGGGAUUCCGCCUAUAUGUAGCAAGGGACCUAGCUGACAACAACAUUAGUCCACCACAACCUCAGCCAAUUUCUACUCCCGUUGCUGCAGCUACCGAGAGUGCUGAUUCGAAUGGAUCAGCUUCCUCUACUUCAUUGGCUAUCACAAAACCAGCAUCUUCAGCUGCUGAUCAGGGUUUGAUUAUUCUCCAAUCUCCAAAAGUAGGAUUCUUCAGGAGAUCUAAGACCAUAAAGGGUAAACGCACUCCUUCGUCUUGUAAAGAGAAAGACCAAGUGAAAGAAGGUCAAGUUCUGUGCUACAUUGAGCAACUCGGUGGCCAGUUCCCUAUUGAGUCUGAUGUUACUGGAGAGGUUGUCAAGAUACUUCGAGAGGAUGGAGAGCCUGUAGGAUACAAUGAUGCUCUCAUCUCGAUCCUUCCUUCCUUUCCUGGUAUCAAGAAGCUUCAGUAAAACCAAAUCCAAGCUGGUUUUUGAGUUGUGAAACUGUAUGCUUUUAGAACAAACAAACUUCAUUCAUAUUUCUGUUUGUCUGAAAGUUCUAAUAAGACAUUGUUUUAUUAUCUUCUUUUACUUAUUUGUAAUACAUUCUGAUACCUUUUUCUUAAUACAUACAAUCCAAAGAUUCAAAGAUCUCUCAGGCUAAAACGAUAUAUGUAAUGAUUUCUACUAGUUGAGAGUCUGGGCAUUACUGUUAUUGAAAGUUGAUUCCAGCACUUUGGAGAAGGAGUUGCUUUCUGAAUUUCUGUAUAAAUGCCUCUGCACUUUCAUUGAUGUCACGUUCGUUCACUGCCU